UAACCAGUGAUUUUAAGAGCAUGGAUAUUGUGAGUUCUGUUCACGAAGAGGACAGCCUGAAAGAUCUAUCAGUAGAGCUGACUGUUCACACAGAAUGGCUGAACCGCAUACACAGUCAGGGCAAUCGUCCUGAAGAUUGGGUAGAGUUUAUCCAUCACCUGAAGGAACAAUCUCCUGUACCUGUUACAAAUUUGUGGACUGCAUACAUAUGUGAUCAGUAUGUUCAUGCACUGAAGACUAUUCCAAGUAACCAGAAUAAAAAUAAUAUCAUGUUUGUGAAAUUAUUGAUUGAUUAUGCUACAUUAAAAAGUGAAGAAAAUGUUGAUAAUGGUCAAUCAUUGUUUCGCCAAGCUCGGUCAAUUGCUCGCAAAUUUGCUAUUGCACAUAUAUAUGCUGCUGAAUUUGAACUUAAGUAUGGUAACCCAUCCAAAUGUCAUGGAAUUUUAAAGAAAGCUCAGACUUUUCGUUCUGAGCCACAAUAUUUAUUACAGAAGGCUCUAGAUAACUUAAAUUCUGGUAAAUGCUAUCUUCUCACAGCUGAAGAGAAAGCUGCUUGUUUUGAUGUUUGUAAUCGAAACCUGAAGCCUGAAGAUAAACCAACUAUAUCAGAUUCAGAUUUACCUGUUGGUACUGUGAAAAAUAAAUUCCUGGCAAGUUUGGCUACUUCAAAUGGGACUGUCUUAAGUGAAUCUAAACCAAGACAGCUAGCAACACCUGAAAUGCCUGUGAAGAAAGACUCAAAUACUUCACCUGAAGAAUUUAUUUGUGGUAGCAUUUUUGCACUUUCAGAAAAGUGGGGCUCUCUGAAUCAGCAAGGCUCAUAUGCAAGGCGCUUCUCACACAUCUGUGAUAGACGUGUGUCUAAUGUACAUACUCCUAUAGAUAAAUGUUUAUCUAGUACUCAGGGUUCCACAGAUCCAAGUUUUCAUUCUGUAAAUGAUCAUCGUUUCUCUACUCAGUUUACUACUUUUGGUUCCUCCCAUCUUGGUUCUUACAACACACCUGACUGCCAUAAGUCAUCAUUGUCUGCAGGAAGCUAUGAAAAUUGCUCUUCUACAAAGUUCCUCAGGGUUAAGAAAAUGCCACAGAGGGUGACAGUUGAAGAGGCCAAAAUCUUUGACAGCUCUGAUAAAGAAGACACAUCUAUGAGCAAAUUUACUCCAAAAUCAUCAUUAGUUUUUACUGGAAAACACAUACAGACUCAAAGGCUAACUGGUACUAUACUUGAAGAAGAUGUUAAAGUAACUGCAGUUUGUGACUCUAACUUGGAGAAAACUGAGACUAAAUUGUCUGAAUCAUCUGAGGACAGCAUUUCUGUAUUUUCGCCAAAAUCUGACUUUUUGCUAUCAUGCCAUAAUCAAGACAAACCAGAUUCCAAUUUAACUGAUAUUAAAAGGACCAAGUCUUGUGACAAUUCAUGCUUGGUUGACAGAAACUUGUUCCAUAAAACAGCCAGAAAAGAAUCAGCUGUUGCUAAAUAUGUUGAUGAUGAUGAUGAAUAUGUUGUUCCAGAUAACAGUGCUAUCACAGGUAUUGAAAAACCAAAGAACAUAAACUCUCAUCAAGACAAAACACAUCCUCAAACUCCAAGGACAAUAUUAUCUGACUCUCUUUUACCAUGUGGCCAAGCAAAUACUUCUAUUGCUUCAUUGGGUCAGCCUAGUGUUGGUUGUACACUGGAUAAUGCAAUUAAAAUGAUAAGCCCUCACCAAUGUGAUAUACCUGUAAGUGAAACUCUGAAACACUGCUCUACCAAUGAUGAACAGCCAGAAGGAGAUACUAGUCUAACAGAAAUUAAUAAUCACUUCAACAUUUUCGAUACUUUUUCAGUUCUUAGCCAGAAGAAAAAAACAAACUUAUUGUUUUCAUUAAGACCAAAUGAGUCUAUACAGGAAUUCCUUCAUUCCAAUGGUGACUGUUCCAAGUUUGUUGCUUGUAGUAAUGACUUUUGUAAUGCAGCAGAGUAUGGCAAGAUAACAUCAUCACAGUUAAAAUACAAACCCGUCUUGAAUGCCCAUGAUAAGAACAAAAGUGGUAAUCCAAUUCAGUAUAACCACUGCUUAUCAAAAGAUGUGCUUGAACAGUUACCCAAAGAUCAACUGAUAUCUUGUCAAAGUAUGAUUACAGGCAUUCCAGACCAAUACCAAACCUCACCACAAAGUAGUAAACAUAAACUACUCCAGAAAUGCUUUCAAAGCCAAAUGCCACUUGAACAUUCUAUACCUGACAACCCACUUCCAGUCCAGCGCCAACUAGAUUUCCUCAAAGAUGCUCCAAAGUUAUCUGAACAGUGUCCUCAACAAUUGACUGAAAAUUCACAGUUGAAGGAAAUAAAUACACAGACUCCAAGACACUCUAAUCCUGAAGAUUCAAGACCUGUAAAAGAAGGAUAUUUAUCAAAGGAAGAGAACAUUCCUGGUAGUAUUAAUGCAGUCAUCACUCCGCAGGUAAAGGUUACUGCUCCUUCUACAAUGAAUUUUGUACAGUUAGAGAAGAAACUACGUUCUUUAGUGGUCAACAAUAAAGUGUACACAAUUGUAAAGAAGGUUGGUAAAGGUGGAAGUAGUACAGUGUAUGAAGUAUUUGACCAGAGUGGAAAUAGAAUGGCAGUUAAGUGCAUUACUUUUGGUGACACUCACACAGUUACCAUAGGGAGCUACAAAAAGGAGGUGAUUCUUCUGAAGCAGUUGCAGUACAGUGACCGAAUCAUUAAACUCUAUGAUUAUGAACUUGACUAUCAGAAGAACUGUUUGAAUUUGGUAUUGGAGUUUGGCAACAUUGACCUUGCAAGUUUGUUCCGUAGCCAAUAUAAGACAAAAAAAAUACCACAAGUGAUGGUCAUGUGCUACUGGACCCAGAUGCUAGAAGCUGUUCUGGUACUCCAUAAAGAAGAUAUAGUACAUUCAGAUUUGAAACCUGCAAACUUCCUGAUUGUUGGAGGCCAAUUGAAGCUCAUAGAUUUUGGCAUUGCUGAUGUAAUACAGACUGGUAAAACUGGCAUUAACCGGGAGAUACUGAUGGGGACACCUGAUUACAUGAGUCCAGAAGCAAUUGCUGUCUACCUGGAUAACUCUAGAAACCACAAAAUAGGUUUGAAGAGUGACAUUUGGUCUCUUGGUUGUAUUCUCUAUUGUAUGGUCUAUGGUAAAACUCCGUUCCAAGAGAUUAGAAACACAUCAGAAAAACUGAUAGCAAUAAGAAGUAAUAAUUUCAAGAUCAAAUUUGCUGAUGUCAGAAAUAAAGAGCUGUUGGAUACAAUGAAGUGCUGUCUAUGCAGAGAUCCCAAAGAAAGGCCAUGUAUUGAAGAAAUUCUGCAACAUCCGUAUUUGAGUGAAAUGACUAUAGCUCCAACAGCAGUAACACCUCCUAGGAGAGAUGAUUUGAAACACAAUAAACUUGUUGAUAAUAAAUCAUUGUCAUUGAAUUCUGUAAAGACAUCAUCACAGAUUGUAGAUGACAAAGAAAACAUUGUGGCGGAUAUGAUGAAUUACAAGACCAAAUCUAAGUCAGCAGUUUAUUGUGGUACUUCAAAAGAAAUUCGAGCUCCAUUACUGUCUUUGACUGCUGCAGAUGACCAGAAAUAGCAUCACUCAAAAGAGUUUGCCAUAGAUCUAAUGAUGAUGAUGAUGGUGAUGGUGGUGGCAGUAGUGGCACUGCCGCCACCACCAAUGAUGAUGAUAACAACAGUGAUGACAAUAGUAAUGACAUUUAAUAUCAUCAUCCAUAUCGCUCUGUUUGUAUCAUGUUUGAUAGAGCAAUAGACACUUAUAACAAAUAUUCCUUUCUUUGAUUCAACUUUGCACACACACAUGAAUCUAUUUCUAUACAUAAUACACAUAACGAUAUGCUUGCAAGCAUAUUUACUAAACUUCUAUGAAAAUGCUAUAAAGUGGUCUUGUCAAUCAGAUUAUUUUUAUUUUACUUUAUUAAUGUAAUAAAAUUACUUUUGAUUCUGCAUGUAUGUGCAUUUAAAUAUGUAUGCUUACGUGUGUGUGUGUGAUACAUACUUAGAGUUUCAAAAUAGAAAAAAAUUGUCAGUAUAAAUAUUAAUUUAUACAUCUGAAUAAAGCUGAAGUUUCUCUGAACAAAUGCUCCAUUUAUCAGGAGAGUAAAUAAUACAAAACAAUUAUGUGCAUGGUGCAUGUACAUGUGUGUGUAAGUAUGUGGUAUGAGUAUAUAUGUAUGUGUGUAUGUUUGUAUGCAUGCAUGAAUGUAUGUAUGUGUGUAUUUUAAUUAAAAUAAUGUAUACAUUUAUAAUGUAUAUACAUAUAAUGUCACAAACCACGUUUUGUUUCAGAGAAACUUCUCAAAGAGAUGUACAGUUCUCUGAGAUAAAAUAUUAGUUAGGACCAUUCUAUAUUUGUACAUAUACAUCACUUUAUAUAUAUAAUGUGUAUGUAUGUGCAUAUUUGUUAGUAUGUAACAAUGUGAGUGUAUGUGGCAUACACACACACACACACACACACACGACUAAGUGUAUAUGCAUAUAUAUGGAUAAGUUACCAAUAAUAUGGUGACUAAAGUUGGAAAUAUAUUUUUGGGACUGGUACAGUAGGUUCAGUAAUUAAAAUUGUACUUUUUCCUAAUUUUUAAAAUAAAAAUAUUCGUUGAAUAAAAUUAAAUAAACUAA